AUGAUAUAUGGACACUUGCCAGAAGAUCCUCAAUGGCAAUUGCUCGAACAUCCAUUAACAAUGAAACAAUAUCUCAUGCUACCUCAUAUACACGGAACAUUUUUUGAACUCAAUCUAAAUAUUGUAUCACCCGUCUAUACGCACAAAAUUACUCUUGAGCCAGGACAAUCAUAUGGGGAAGUACUUAUUGCAACAUCGACUGAUGGUGUUGGACUAUCUGGAUCGUUACGUGAUAAAUCGGAUACGAAAAUUGAAGGUGGUGAUUUCGUGUACUUUGAUCAUGAUCAAAAUUUGUGGCGAUGUCGUUUUGCUCCACAAAAAGUCGGUAAUCACCCAAUUUUAAUAUUUGGUGAUGAUAUUUUAUCAUCAGCAAAUGUUAUUGGAAAUGAUGGAAAAGAUGGACAGGAAGUUGUUGUAUUCGUAGCAUGA